AUGUAUGGAAAAAAUGAUAUAUGGAGUACUGAUUUAGCUGAAAUGAAAGAUUUGAGAGUUAUGGAUUUGACUGAAGCAGUAGAGCUCAUUUUUUGUCCUAAUGGUGAAAUAUCAGAUGUAAGCGACAUUGAUGAUGGUGAUGAUGAGUUGGUAGAAAUGUUAAAAGAAAGAGGCAUUUGGGCAGUUGGCACUAUUCGCAAGGAUCGAAUGGCAGGUUGUCAACUGAAAUCAGACAAAGAAAUGAAGAAAGAUCGGCGAGGAAGCUAUGACAACAAGUCUAAUGAUAAAGGUGUAACAAUUGUUAAGUGGUAUGACAGCAAGCCAAUACAUAUUGUGUCAUCCCAUUAUGGUCCUGAACCACUUGGAAUAUGCAAGCGAUACUGUGGUAAAGCAAAGAAGAGAAUUGAUGUUGUUCAACCUUAUGUUGUACUGGAGUACAAUGCCCAUAUGGGAGGGGUUGACUUGGUAGACAUGCUUAUUGAACUAUAUUACGUCAAUUUACAGUAA